CAACCCACCUCCUCUCUAUGUAAAGAACUGCUGCUGACUCCCGACCCACAUUCUUUCUGAAGCCCUGUCUGAAGCAAGUCCACUGUUUUUCAUUCUUGGCUGAACGCAAGCAGAAGAAAAAAAGGGAAAAAUGGACGGGAAAAUGACCGGAGGUCCGAGCGUGGCUAAUGCCCCGACAUACCUGGGAUGGUCCAUCUUCAACACAUUGUGCUGCUGCCUUCCUCUGGGAAUUGCAGCCAUUGUGUUCUCCUGCCGAGCUGACACUGCUAACACCAUCGGAGAUGGCACAAGUGCUCACGAGCACUCCAGGACAGCAAGGAACCUGAAUAUUGCAGCGCUGGUCAUUGGAAUCAUUUUCCUCAUAAUCUUCAUUGUUCUUAAAGUUCUUCACCCGAACAAUUAACGGACUAAUUCUGUAACUCCGGAAGAUCAUUUUUUUUGUUAUUCCUCAUCAUUUUCAUGGGCAAUUCCAUCUAAACUUUGGCAGGGAAAGCUGCUUGCCCUUUACCUUUUACAUAAGACACAAAAAAAGUGAGAAAAAAAAAACCUCCAUGUUGAUGAAGUUUGCUGGUCUUGAGUUUUAAAACAAAAAGCUUUUAUUUUUUUACUUUUUCUUUUGUUUGUUUUUGGUUUUUUUCCUCUUUUUUAACAAAAAGUACUAGUUUAUUUAGUAUCAGUUUAUUCCCAAAGAAAUACGUUUUUAACCUGUGUUAUCUUGUAUCUUAUCUUUUUGUAUAUGAAUGUACUGUAUCUUUUCAUGUAUUCAAUAUCUUUUACAUAGCCAAAUAAAAUUUUACGCCUUUUCA